AUGGAUUGGAAUUCAGAGGACGUAGUCAGCCGGUGGAAGAGAGAAAGGCACCCGACAAGAUGGAAGGAAGCAGUUGAGAGGGAUAAGAGGUCAGCUGAAUUUACUGCCGCUGCGGAAUGGAAUAAACAGGCUAGAGAGUCUAUCCUGAACUCCAUCGAACUACAAGACCUCAACAAAAACAUUGCCAGAAAUGUAAUAUUCUUCGUUGGUGACGGCAUGGGUGUAUCCACUGUGACAAGUGCUAGGAUUUUGAAAGGUCAGAAAGAAGGUCAUUCUGGUGAAGAGGCUCAACUGUCAUUUGAAACAUUUCCCCAUGUAGCUCUGGCCAAGACCUACAACACAAAUCAACAGGUAUCAGAUUCGGCGGGAACUGGAACAGCCUACAUGUGUGGUGUAAAAUCUAAAGCUGGUACCAUCGGAGUGGACGACAGAGUCGAAAAAGGCGACUGUCGCUCGAUAAGAGAUGCUAAAGUUAGCUCCUUCAUGGAAAUUGCCGCUGAUGCAGGAAGAGCCGCCGGCAUUGUCAGCACAGCCCGUAUAACCCACGCAACACCAGCUUGUGCAUAUGCACAUGUGCCGGAGAGAUCUUGGGAGAGAGACACCAUGGUACCCGGUGGUGAGAAGGCCGCUGGUUGCUCCGAUAUUGCUUCUCAGCUCAUAGAUAGUGCGCAACGAUUUCAGGUUGUGAUGGGUGGUGGAAGACGCGAGAUGAUGCCGACAUCUCACCACGAUCCCGAAUAUAGUCACGUGAGGGGUAACCGUGAUGAUGGGCGUGAUCUCAUCAACGAGUGGUUUCACGCACUGCCAGACGGAACUGAUAACAUGUAUGUAGUAAACAGAGACCAGCUGAUGGACGUAAACGUCAACGAAACAGAUUAUUUAUUAGGUUUAUUUGAACCAAGUCACAUGCUAUAUCACGUGGAACGAGACGAAUUGGGCGAUGGAGACCCUAGUCUGGCUGAAAUGGUGGAGAAGGCGAUCCAAGUGUUACAGAAGAAUGAUAAUGGAUUCUUUUUAUUUGUUGAAGCCGGUAGAAUCGAUCACGCCCAUCACAAAGGAAGAGCCUUCUUAGCACUGACGGACACCAUUGCGUUAGAUGAAGCAGUGACAACAGCCAAAUCUAUGACAAACGACGAAGAUACUUUGAUAGUAGUGACUGCUGAUCACAGCCAUACCAACACUAUAGGAGGCUAUCCAACAAGAGGGAACCCUAUAUUAGGCAGAAACAACAAAGAGCUUGCGAGGGAUGGACUGCCGUAUACAACUUUGUUGUACGCAAAUGGACCAGGCGGAGAAGAAGUUCGGCAGAGUUACAGGAAUAAAGGCAGAAGGCCUGAUGUAGGAAACGAUGACACAUAUGAAAGAGACUACCGACAACAAGCGGCCGUCCCAUUGUCGGAUGAGAGCCAUGCCGGAGAGGACGUGCCCAUAUAUGCAACUGGUGCAUACGCACAUCUAUUCCACGGCACACAGGAACAAAACUAUAUUGCCCAUGCCAUCAAAUAUGCUUCCUGUAUUGGCGAGUAUUCAGAUCACUGUCGUGCGCAGGCAACCACAAAAGCGCCAGUAACAGUGAAGAGAACGACUAAACGUUCCACAACUCCAGCUGUGACGAAACGUCUACAGUAUGCACCCGUUCCCACGCAACAACUGCCGAAAUCGGCAGACACUGAGGUUAUAGAACGUUUAAACGAACAGGACGACGAUGGACAUUCGGGAAAUACACUUACUUACAUUCCGCCCAAAAUUGAACUCCAUUGUGUCAUGACGCCCUCAUCGGCAAGUACGCCCGCAUUUAUGGUUGCAACCACUAUAUUUUGUUUUGUAUAUUACGUUAUACUGUUGCUAUUUAGAUGA